CACCGGCCGGUAACUGUCUCUGUGAAAUCGUCUGAUUCCGUAAACGCACAUCAAAAACCUUUGUGCAUUAAGCACGCGCGUUCAAAAAAAAAAAAAGAACUAGUUGAAAGAAUCUAAAAAUCCACACUGGUGUACAACCGACGUCGGGUUUUUACAUUUUUCCAAAAGUAACAGCUCUUUUUUUUUUACUUUGACGCAAAUCUCUCGACGGGUAUAAAAUAUCCAUCAUGAGGACCAAGCCAGAAAUGAUGAGCCAACUCCGGCCGGCGUUCAGCGAACUUAAUCUAUCAGAGGGGUUCGAGUUUGAUACCGAAAUUGUCACCAACGAGAUCAAAGAAGAUUGCAAGCCACUUCUUCUUUCAAAUGACCAAUUGACAACCAUCAUGAAAGACUUGAAUGAAGCAAUUAAUAAUGGACUGGGUAAACGUACAAAUCCAAGCUCUAUAGUCAAAUGCUACAUCACUUAUGUACAGGAUCUUCCAAAUGGCUCUGAAAGAGGAAAAUUCUUAGCUUUAGAUUUGGGCGGAACCAAUUUCCGUGUUCUUUUAAUUGAGUUAGGUGAAAACAAUUAUUUCCACAUGGACUCUGAAAUUUUUAAAGUUCCUGAAGCUAUCCAGAUAGGCAAAGGAACUGAGUUAUUUGAUCACAUAGCUAAAUGUCUUGCGGAAUUUGUAAAAAAGCAUAAAGUAGACAAUUCUAAAGCCCUACCAUUAGGAUUUACAUUUAGCUUUCCACUUAGACAAGUUGGGCUUACCAAAGGCUAUCUUAAUAGCUGGACUAAAGGAUUUAAUUGCUCUGGUGUUGUAAAUGAAGAUGUUGUGAGACUUUUGAAAGAGGCUAUUAAAAGGAGGAAGGGACUGAAUCUUCAAGUAACUGCAGUAUUGAAUGAUGCAACUGGAACUCUUAUGAGUUGUGCUUACAAAACAAUUUAUUCCAAGAACUGUUUUGUAGGUUUAAUAGUUGGAACUGGGUGCAAUGCAUGUUAUGUUGAAAAAGUCGAAAAUUCAGAACUUUUUGAUGGUGAUAAAUCAAAACCACAUGUUAUCAUCAAUACUGAAUGGGGUGCAUUUGGUGAUGAUGGUAAAUUAGAUUCCAUACGUACACAAUAUGAUAGAGAAAUUGAUGAAGUAUCUUUAAAUCCUGGAUGUCAAAGAUUUGAAAAAAUGACUGGAGGCAUGUACAUGGGUGAGAUUGUACGAUUAAUAAUUGUAGAUUUAGCCAGGCAAAAUAAAUUAUUUGAAGGUAGAAUUUCUGAACAAAUGAAAACCAGAGGUGCAUUUGGAACUUCAUUUAUUUCAGAUAUUGAAAGUGAUAAAGCAAAUUAUAGGGAAACAUUAAAAGUUCUUAAUGAGAUGGGUAUUAGUGAUCCAUCUUUAGUUGACUGUGCAAAUGUGCGAUACAUUUGUGAGUGUGUAUCAAGAAGAUCUGCACACUUAGUAUCUGCUGGUUUGGCUGUUCUUCUCAACAAAAUGAAUGAAAAAUCUGUUACAAUUGGAGUUGAUGGUUCAGUUUACAGAUUCCAUCCAUACUUCCACAAACUCAUGGUUGAAAAAACUAAACAAUUAACCAAUCCAGACAUUAAUUUUGACAUGAUGUUGUCAGAAGAUGGUAGUGGCCGUGGAGCUGCAUUGGUGGCUGCUGUAGCUGUCAGAGAUGAGUCACCAAAAAUUAACGGACAUUCAGCAGUAUAAUAAGCAACAGCUGGAUAGUGAAGUUAUUGUUACCAAAAAUGCUCUAAGUGCAUAAAACAUAUUUUUAGCAUAUUUGAUUUAUAUAUAUAUAUUUUUUUUUUUUU